AUGCUCUAUCAUGCGUCGCACCCGCAGUGGCCGAGCCGACCGCCGCUCGAACUGGCGCCGAGUGGCUCCCAGAUCGAGCGCGGCUCGCUGCAACCUGGAUGCUGCGGCACUUUUUAUUUUUUCUCGGGAAGUAAAAACAUGGCGGCGCUCGACAUAAUCGUCGUGCGCCACCUAGAUGGCACCCUCUGCUCCAGCGACUGGCGGGUGGUCUUUCGCAGCGCCGUGCCGGAGGUCCGCGUCUCCAUCAACGGCACCGCUCUGCCUGAGCGGAUGCGUGCGGCCGCCGCCGACGCGCCGGCGCAGUUUGGAGACGGUGACGCAGAGACGCCGCGGCUGGUUCCGUCCGAGGCGACGCUCCGGGCGCUGCUCGAGAGCGGUGCGAUGCUUCCCGGCCGCAACGCCAUCUCCUACACGCCCGCGAUGGGCGGCAAAGGCGAGGGAGGCGAGGGCUCGCACGGCAUCGGCGACGGCGCGGCGCACAGCGCAGUGGCGCACCUUCACCUCUGGGAGUCGUCGACGGCGGCGGUCGUCUUUGACGUGGACGGCACGGUCACGCAGGCAGACAUCUCUGGCCACAUCGGCCAGCAACUCGGCGUGCCGCUCCUGCACCGCGGCGUCUGCGAGCUGGCGUGCCGGCUCGAGGCGCGUGGGUAUGCCGUCUUCUUCCUCUCCGCGAGGCCGCUCGCCGGCCCGACCGGCAUCGCCUCCACCCGCCACUUUCUCUUUCGCGUCGCACGCGACUCGCCCUCCGGAUUCGGCGCGCGCCAACAACCAAAGCCGGCCGCACAGACCCGCCUCCCGCCCUGCCCGGUGCUCACCACGCCGCACACCUCGACGCUGAGUGCGCUGAUGGACGAGGCUUGCGGGGCGGUGUCGCCUUGCCGCGGCGGGCUGUACGCCGGCUUUGGGAACCGCGCCAAGGACGCGACUGCGUACCUCUCCGCCGACAUCCCUCCCUCGCACGUCUUCAUCAUCAACGCCAAGUCGCGACCGCUGCUGGCCGGAGGCGGGCCGGCUGGAGGGGAGGGCGCUGUCGCGGGCCCUUCGUGCGGCGGCGAGCGUGGCGCUUGCGGCAGCGGGUGCGGCGAGGCGGGCUGCGGCGAGGCGGGCUGCAGCGAGGGCGGGUGGGACUCGUAUACUGGGCUGAUGCAGACGAGCUUCGACGCUCUUUUCCCCACGAGGUGCACGCCCUGCUCGUGCUUUCUCGGCACGCUGCUCUAG